GAAGGGAAAAUAGAACUACAUUUAACUACCGAGAGUGAACCUGUAGCGUACUUGUUGGUUGGCAGCCUUAGAAUGAUAGCAAAAAGGCUCUAUGAUACCCAAACGGAUAUAAAACUGAGAAGCUAUACUAACGACCCUAGGAGAUUUAAGUAUGAAAUCAAUGCAGUUCCAUUAUCACAAAAGUCUAAUGACGAAAGUUGUGAAGAGCAAGAGAUUGUUUCACUAGCAUCAUCGAGUAAAGCCACAGAUCUUAAAAUCGGUGUCGCCAGCUUCUGUAAGGCUUUCCCAUGGCAUUUCGUAACAGAUAAACGGCUGGAGAUGGUGCAAUUGGGUGGUGGAUUCAUGCGCCUCUUCGGCACUUACCUUGCGACUCACGGAUCGUCACUCGGCACAUACUUUAGACUACUGCGGCCAAGAGGUGUUCCUCUAGACUUUCACGAGAUUCUCAAAAGAGUGAACACACCGUUCAUGUUCUUCUUGAAACUUCCAGGAUCUGCUUCUUUGGCUGACGGUUUGGAGCUAAAGGGUCAGAUGGUGUUCUGCUCAGAGUCAGACUCUCUCCUGUUCGUUGGUUCUCCAUUUCUAGAUGGUCUUGAAGGUCUAACUGGAAGAGGUCUCUUCAUAUCUGAUAUUCCACUCCACGACGCAACAAGAGAUGUUAUAUUAGUCGGAGAGCAAGCAAGAGCACAAGAUGGUCUUCGGAGAAGAAUGGAUAAGCUUAAAAACUCAAUAGAAGAAGCAAGCAAAGCGGUUGACAAAGAACGCGAAAAGAAUGUCAGUCUACUGCAUCUGAUAUUUCCACCGCAUAUCGCUAAAAGAUUAUGGUUGGGUGAAAAGAUAGAAGCUAAAAGCCACGAUGACGUCACUAUGCUGUUCAGCGACAUCGUUGGGUUUACAUCCAUUUGUGCGACCGCCACACCGAUGAUGGUUAUUGCAAUGUUGGAGGAUCUUUACAGCGUCUUCGACGUGUUUUGCGAACUACUAGACGUCUAUAAGGUGGAGACUAUAGGGGACGCGUACUGUGUCGCCAGUGGAUUACAUCGCAAAAUUGAUACGCAUGCCCCGCAAAUAGCGUGGAUGGCUCUACGCAUGGUCGAAACAUGCGCACAGCACCUUACUCAUGAAGGGAAUCCAAUAAAGAUGCGUAUUGGACUUCACACAGGCACGGUACUCGCAGGUGUCGUUGGCAAGACCAUGUUGAAGUACUGUCUAUUCGGGCACAACGUGACAUUAGCAAACAAGUUCGAAUCUGGUUCCGAACCAUUGAAGAUCAACGUCAGCCCAACUACUUACGAGUGGCUAAUAAAAUUUCCCGGUUUCGAGAUGGAACCGAGGGACCGCUCUUGCCUCCCGAAUUCUUUCCCCAAGGACAUCCCUGGCACGUGUUAUUUCCUACACAAGUAUACUCAUCCCGGUACAGACCCCACGGCGCCUCAGGUUAAACACAUAGAAGACGCAUUGAAAGAUUUUGGAAUCGGUCAAGGGAAAUCAAACGACGAAAUAGUAAACGAUGAACCUACUUAGUUGAUAAAAAAAAUACAGAUGCUAAUAUAAAAUUAGAUUCUUCAAUUUGCUGCGAAUGUAAUAAAAUUUAUGCGAGACACUGUUAACAUUGUAAAUACUUAUCUUAAUUGCUUUGUAAACUGUUGAUUUAAAAACUUUGUUCAUCAAAAUGUUUGCUGUAAAAAUGUUUUAGGAAGUUUUAACACUCUUAAAAGUUAAGAGCCGCUUUCCUUUUGCAAACACCAUUUAAAUAAAGUCAAAGACGAUGUCUAACCUAUUCUUUUUUCAUUGUGACAAGAUGUAAUGUAUUUCCUAAUGAAAUUGUCAUAUAAAAUAUUGAGGGUUCAUAUAUAUAAUGAUGAAAUUGAUGUUAUAAUAAUUAUGAUGACACGCGAAGCUGCAGAUGAUUAUGAUGAAAUCGAUGUUUAUAAAAUUGUACUUCUUAAAUGUGAUUCUUAUAAAGUACUUGAACCUUUUGUACAUACUAAACCAAACACGAACUCUAUUAGAUAUUUAAUUAAUAGUGAUCUAUGGGAAGCUUUACGAAAUUGUUUAUAAGAGAAUGUAAAUAAAGUUGAAUCUGGGAUAAUUACGACUUACAUAGCUAUAACGCAUUAUGCUGCAUUUAAAAAUUAAUAUUUGUGCGGCAAUUUUGAGUGUGUUGCUUAGCAUUGUGAUUCUUACGAAAAUGUAUUGUUUUAUCAUUCUCUUCUAGAUUUAAAUUAAGCUAACUAGAUCUUUCUUAACUUACUAAUUCAAAUCUUAUCAACUUUAUUAUUCAAGAUGAAAAGUAAUUAACUCAAAAUUGUUGAUGAUAUAGCGUAGUUUAGCUUAGAAAAUGUAUAGAUAUAAAGUCAUUUAGUUUAACAUUCGCACCCUUCUUAUCUAAAUUUGUAUCAAGGCAAUCCUUAUUCAUGUUCGAAUGUUAUUUUACGUAAAUGAAUGUGGAUCAUUAAUUUACAGUAUACACCUGGAACGCAACAUAAUCAACCCAGAAGAUAUAAAUGAUAUGAAACCUAAGAAUAUCAUAAACCUCUGAAAGAGCUAUUUUAAUCCUAACGAUGAUUAAUAAUAGAGUGACUACUGUUCAUAAAAAAAAAUGUUAAUUAUAAAUCUGUACUCUAUCUGAGAUGGUGGCUACAUUUCCAAAAUUGAGAUGUACAGUCUGUGGCAAAGUGAGUUAAAUCACCAUAGAGUUCGAUCUAAUGAGAUAUGAUAUUUAAAGUCUCAGCGUUUAUUUAUAAUUGACAAGCUUUUAAAACUGCAUUAAGAUUCGCUGCGUAGUUAAAAAAUAUCAGAGUACAGACAGAGAGAAGUGAUUUUGUUUCAUACUAUGUAUAGAGAGAAUAUAUUACAAGGCAUUUUAAGUCAUCGCAUUUUGUAUAAUUUUGCGCUUGGUGAGUUAAUAAAACUUGAACUUAGUAUCAUAGUUUACUUUUUGAUAAUAAGGGUGCAGAAUGCUGAAAUAUUAACCUACACACAUUCCUUUACACAGGAAAAAUUUGUAGUCAGUGCAGAAAUUUUACUAUUGUGUCCGUUAUUGGUUUCCAAUAACGGACAUUAUUAAUGUUUUUUCAUAAUAAAGAUUCCGGUCAUAGAAUAUGUGAUUAAAAAUAUUAUCUCGAGCUCCUCCAUUUUAAUUCGAUUUCAUUUAUAGGGGAGACCUGAGCUGUAUUAGUGGAUAUAUUAAUAGCCUGCCGACGAAGAUGUUUAAUAAAGAAUUUAAAAUGAGCUUCGCAAACGUGUUGUAUUGACGAUACUAAACCAUAGAAAGUAAAUUUAUGCACUGAUUAUAAUAUUAUCCUGUAUAUGUAAUGAGAGAAGCUAUACGUUUAGUGUUGUCACAAAAAAUUGCUUGUAAUUGAUAAUUUCAGAUGAUUAACUGUUGUAUGUUAGUGAAAAGCGUUCUUAAUUAGUGGUUUCCAACGUUGUCUUAAUGUGAUUGUGACCAAUUAGGAAAAGUAAUUUUACCCCAACCUUGAAAGGUAUGUAAUACACAUAUUACAAGUCAAUGCAGAUAAAUUCAUUAUAAAGUAAUGGCUUUUGUCAUUUUGUAGUGACUAGGUUUUGAUGUUAGAUUUAGUUUUGUUUAAAACACGCCUUAAAUUAAUUUCCAAAUUGAUAUUGUUCACGGUUCUUUUAUUUUCGGUUUUAAUUAUUAGGUUCUUUAUUACACCUGAUAUAAUAGGUGAUUUAUCCAUGGAGGGUAAUUGCCCAUGAGUUGGAAUCACUGGUUAAGAUGAUAAUAUGUUAACAUAGCAAAAUAAAAAAAAUAAAAAAAUACCUUUUUUGAAACCCACUUUUUAGAUUAAGUCAUUCAUGUUAAGGACUCUUACUAUACACACGAAAAAGCGUAAGUUCUAAAGUAGUUAAUAUGCUUAAUGGAAUUAAAUACUUUUUUAGAAUAACAGCAAAUGAUAAUAGAUUAGACCAUUUGCUUUUAAUCUUAAUUACAAUGUGUAUAGAGUCCAAAUUUCAUUCUCGUUUCUUUUUUCGAUUGUAAUAACAGUUUUUUUUUCAAUUAAAAACCAAUACGAUUCUAUUACACCUUCUAGUGAAUUAAUUAUGUAGCCUCAUACUAAUAAAAAUUCAUAAUCGAUAUUUUUUUUUAAUUAUAGGUGGUUAUUAUAAUUUUCAUAUAUACAAUCCACAAACUUAGAUGUCUAUGUUUAAAUCUUAAACCAAGAAGUGAACAAAAAGUAGCAUUCUCAAUUUAAAUUGCAUGAUUCCGGAGGGAUAUUUUCAAACCAAGUUUAAUCACAAUAUAUUAGACAAAUGUUUAUACGGACUUCCUAUUGAGAUUCCUUUAGAAAGAAUCAAAUUGCCACUAUCAAGUUGUAAUAUAGAUAUAUAUAUAACAUUAGAAUACCAUUUAAUAAGAACCUUAUCAAAUUACCUUCGAAACUAAAUAUAUAAGUUUGAUCGAUGAGGGCCGUGCAACAAGAUUUUACAAUAUUAAUAAUUUGCACCUAAUUCAUUGUAUUUGGAGUAAUAAAAUUAGAUAAAAUUGUACGCGCUGACGUAGUAAACACAAUAGCCUAAGCACGAUGCUCUUACGUAACGGUUUUCAAAAUUUUAGGGUAAUGGAACAUACACCAAUAACCUUUUAUUUACACUUAUAAU